GUUCAUGUGAUCGCGGGAUACACAACUUCACCAGUGUGUAGGGUGAAUCGCCACGCUUCGGGGGAGAGGAAACUUCUGGACAAUAAUAAUCAAGGUUCUCAAAGUCAAAGUUUCGUUCCUCGCCGACAUGGAACUAACACUGACUUGCAUCGCCUGGCUGGUUCUGCUGACUCAAGCUGCUGGUGAAAAUAACCUGACCGCCCUCUUUCACGAGGCCCUCAGCAACGACGGGUCUCUGCAGUCCUCCGUGGGCGUGUCCGGCGCCAUGUCCGACUUGGAGCUGGUUUACCUGCGUCGACACCCGACCCCCGCCCCGCCCACCAUCGUCCUCAGCGCCAGGGACAAGAGGUCGGGUUCCGCGGGCCGAAUGAGUUACUUCUUCAGCGCCUUCGGCAGAAACUACAACCUGAAACUGGAGAAAAUGUCGCACCUCGUAUCCCCCGGCGCCAAGAUGACGGUCGUGGGUCCUCGAGGGGGCGUGUCCGUCGCCGCCAUUUCGCCCGCCACCUGCCACUAUAUCCACGUGGACGACGACAUCACAGCUGCCCUCAAUGCCUGCAAACCUGGCACCAUUGCAGGAUACAUCGUCAGCCGCGACGUGACCCUCGAAGUGCGGCCCUUAGGCAAGCGGGCGACGGGGAUACUCCACCACGCCUUCAGGAAACGGGGGGCGUGGCCAUCCUCCGUCCACAAGGGCAUCCCCCACGUCGUCAGGAGAAGGGCCAAGGACUCCCAGGCGAGGCCGAGUCCCACGCCCAUGGAGCUGGAGAUCCCGCCGCCGGCGUGUUCGGAGCCGAUCAGCAACGCCACGCCAGACGACUUGGAAUUCGGCCAAGGAGAGCUCUUCACGAUCCCGCCGUCGGAGACCACACCGAUGACCCCCGCCUUCGACCUGCCGGGGUCCACGCCCCCCGCCGGACCCAAUGGCCCCCCGCCCAGCGUGCCCCCGGGGCGACCCGUAGAGGAGGACCCUGAGGGCGUGUUCAUCCCUCCCCUUCCCUUCAAGAGGAACGUAGGGCGAGAAGGAGACUCGCUGAGUGACAGGGAACCUAAACCGAUGGCAGGGUUUCACCGGGAGCCGAAACCCGUGGAUUUUGACUCCACGCCAAGCCCCCCUGGGGACCGGGAACCGAAGCCGAUGCAAGGGUUCGACCGGGAACCAAGGCCGAUGAACCGGGUUGUCAAAGGACCGCCUGGAAUGGACCGGGAACCGAAGCCUAUGCAGGGGAUCGACCGGGAACCGAAGCCCAUGAGAGAACCGGGACAAGGACCAGAUUUACCUGAAGCAGAACUGAACCGGGAACCGAAGCCGAUGCAAGGAUUCGACCGGGAACCGAGGCCGAUGAACCGGGUUCUCAGAGGACCGCCUGGAAUGGACCGGGAACCGAAGCCUAUGCAGGGGAUCGACCGGGAACCAAAGCCCAUGAGAGAACCGGGACAAGAACCAGAUUUACCCGAAGCAGAGCUGAACCGGGAACCGAAACCAAUGCAAGGAUUCGACCGGGAACCGAGGCCGAUGAACCGGGUUAUGAGAGGUCCUCUAGGCAUGGACCGGGAACCGAAACCUAUGCAAGGAAUCGACCGGGAACCGAAGCCCAUGAGAGAACCGGGACAAGAACCAGAGUUACCCGAAGCCGAGCUGAACCGGGAACCGAAGCCGAUGCAGGGUUUCGACCGGGAACCGAGGCCGAUGAACCGGAUUGUCAGAGGACCGCCGGGAAUGGACCGGGAACCCAAGCCUAUGCAAGGGAUCGACCGGGAACCAAAGCCCAUGAGAGAACCGGGACAAGAACCAGCAUUACCCGAAGCAGAGCUGAACCGGGAACCGAAGCCAAUGCAAGGAUUCGACCGGGAACCAAGGCCGAUGAACCGGGUCGUCAGAGGACCGCCUGGAAUGGACCGGGAACCGAAGCCUAUGCAGGGGAUCGACCGGGAACCGAAGCCCAUGAGGGAACCAGAGUUACCUGAAGCAGAGCUGAACCGGGAACCGAAGCCGAUGCAAGGAUUCGACCGGGAACCGAGGCCGAUGAACCGGGUCGUCAGAGGACCGCCGGGAAUGGACCGGGAACCGAAGCCUAUGCAGGGGAUCGACCGGGAACCGAAGCCCAUGAGGGAACCGGGACAAGAACCAGAGUUACCUGAAGCAGAACUGAACCGGGAACCGAAGCCGAUGCAAGGAUUCGACCGGGAACCAAGGCCGAUGAACCGGAUUGUCAGAGGACCGCCUGGAAUGGACCGGGAACCUAAGCCUAUGCAGGGGAUCGACCGGGAACCGAAGCCCAUGAGGGAACCGUUACAAGAACCAGCAUUACCCGAAACAGAACUGAACCGGGAACCAAAACCAAUGCAGGGAUUCGACCGGGAACCGCGGGUGACGCCCACGAAGCGCAAUGUGGGAAAAACCGUGGAAUUAGGCGUGUUUGUAGACCAGGCCGCCCACGACCUGUUUCUGCCUUACUUCGGGUCGCAGGCAGCCCUCACCGACGUCGUCCUCGGCUACGUGAAUGGGAUCCAGGCCCUCUUCCACCACCCGUCCCUCGGCCAGAAGAUCCACCUAGUCAUCAACCACAUCGAGAUCAUGGCCGAGCAGCCCUCCACCCUUCCACACUACGGAGGCGACCGCGAGAAGCUCUACGAAGCCUUCAGACUCUAUAACGAGAAGCGAAACGCGGAGGCGGAGAAUCUCGUCGACGCCAGGCCCUGGGACAUGGGCAUUCUCAUCUCGGGACUGAACUUCUACAGUGUUCACAAGAAGGACGGCCGCACAUCCUACUCGACAAUGGGCCUAGCUGCCGUGCGGGGCGUGUGCCACCCGGGGUACAGUGCCGUCAUCGUCGAGCUGGGUGCCACCGACACCUGGGGUAAGCCGUACCCGUCAGCUGGGUUCGCCUCCGUCUACGUCAUGGCUCAUGAGAUGGGGCACAACCUGGGCAUGCUCCACGACGGCUACGGGAACGCCUGCCCCAAGAACGGCUUCGUCAUGUCGGCGUCGCGCUCCACCAGCGGCGAAACCAACUGGUCGUCUUGCUCCCGGGAGAUCGUCGAAACGCUGUCCGCCCCCUGCUUGAACGACAACCCCCCCGAAAUCCCCAAGCACGACCACUCCGUCUACGACCAGCUGCCCGGACAGACCUGGGACGCCUACGACCAGUGCCGGGUGUUCCUGAGGGACGACGACGCGACGCUCUAUAACGAGUCGUUGGCACAGAUUUAA